AUGACUCAAUGCAAAUUAUCAUUAACAAAAUUAGAUGAAAUACAAAAUCAUGAUGAUUUCAGAGUGGUUUGGUUUUCUUCGGAUAAUAAUUUCCCAAAUGAAUUAGUACAUUUUGUUGAUUACUUAGAGAAAUAUGAUUCAUUUGAAACUUGCUAUAAUUAUAUAAAAGGAUUUCAAAGUGAACGUAUAAUCAUAUUUGUUUUAAUUGAACUAUUUGAAUAUUUAUCGUAUUUCAACAAUCUUUUUCAAAUUCAGUCAAUUUAUGUUAUGCAAAGAAAUCCUCAAAAUAUGGAAUAUGAAAAACAAACAUAUUCGAAACUGGUUAAUAUUUUUACAGAUGAACAAACAUUAAUUGAACGAUUACGCCAUGAUAUUAUAUUAACAUAUAGACAGGAUUUACCAAUAACUAUUUCAUGUUUAGAUGAAAUUAAAACUGAACAAUCUUUAAUGAGUUUGGAUAAAAGGGUGUGGGUGUGGGUGUGGGUGUGUGGGUGUGGGUGGGGGUGUGGGUGUGGGUGGGGGGGUGGGGGUGGGGGGGGG